AUUUUUCGCGCCAAUUCGUCCUCUCGUUAUAGAUGCAACCCUGGGCAAUCUCUCCCUCGUACAUCUGCUCUUUCUCUCUCUCUCUCUUUCCUCCCUCCGCUCUCCCCCCUCCUAUGUAUUAUCACACAUGCAAACUAUUCGGAUAAACAGCUGUCCUGUCUACCCGUUAACGAGCACGAUAUUGCAUUGUGGCGUUGUCAAUUUUCGUCGCCGAAUUAUAACCGGAUACUACGGACCGAUCGAGAUUUCGAGAAGCCCAAACGAUUUUCGCUCCAACGCAACCAAAACAAAAAUAUUAAAGAAAACGAUCGCCGAUGGUAGUUCGCGAAACAAACUUGCAGUGUGAACAGUUUUCGUGAUUUUGUGCUUCUAAGGAAGUCAAUGGCAGUGCACAGAGCCAAGAUUUAAGUUCCAAUGAACAAUCGGAUACGCUCAAAUAACGUGGAUGUCUGACAAUCAGAAAGAUGUCCGGUGAUUCAGGAUGGAACGCGGUCAUUCAUCAUCCUUCGGAAUUGGAAUUACAAAAUUGGAAUUGGGACGAGAAUGAUGAAGAGGGCGAGCGAGAAUUACCCUCUACUGUUGAUAUGGAUGCUAUAAAAGGUGGUGGUAGCUGGGAUCCUGCCACUGGAAGAAAUGAUACAGAUUCAGUUGAUUCGGAGGAAGAUUCAGACUCGGAUGAAGAUAGUUCGGGUGGAACUGAGGGAAGCUGUUCUUACUCCGAUUCAGAAUCUGAAAAUGAAAGCAGCGCGGAGGAAGGAUGUGCCGAAACAGGCUCAAACACGGAUUGUUCAUCAGAAAACAGCGAACAAACAUUUUCAAUAAGAGAAACAAAUUUUGAACAGGGUGCACUCAAAUUGAAAAUUAGCAUGAAAGCUCAAAAGAAGGAAGAAAUCGAUAAAUCAAAGUGCGAUAAAACGAGAAGAAGUGGUGCAAGAAACGUGAAAGGAGUUAAUAAUAGCGCGAAGAGCGGUGAAUACGAAACGGACGAUUCGAAUUCAUCGAGUGGGCCUGGUGUCCCGAAUUCGCAAGAACAAGUGCCUCAACAAGUACCAGCAGCCGCAACGACGACGACAACAACGACGGUAGUUCCGGCCGCGGCUCCGUCGCAGCAGCAACCGUUGCAAGAGAUUAAUCAGGAAGAUCUCGCGGCAAUAUUACCGGAUCAGGAACACGAAGAUGCGCCGUUCGACGGUUUCGAGGAUUCCGAAUCGGGUCGUUUGGUUUCAAAAGCUAUCGAGCGUAUGUCGCUCGGAGCCGAUUCAGACUCUAGCGAAGCAACGGACGCAAACCCCGUACCGGUUUAUUCCUCGACGUUGCUUCAACAGUUUGUCGAGAAAACGGCAUUGCUUUCGGAGCCAAGGAAACGACGCAGUAAACUUGUAAAAAAAGCAGCCGACACGGAAUAUGCUUGUGUCUCAAACGUAUCGCCAGAUUCGGGAAUCCAAUCGGUAGACAAUAGUCCGCUCCAUCUUGCAACCAGUCCAACGAGCCAAUUGGCAGCGUCUCAAUCUCCGCUUCAAACAGCAGCUGCACCAAAACCGGCUGUAAACGUUGACCGAGUUCUUUAUCCGCCGAAGCGUAAGCCCGGGAGACCAGCCAAGAUGGUAUCGACACAACCACGUGGCCCUGGCAGGCCGAGGUUACGUCCUGAAGUAGCCGAGAAAAUUGAAAAGAUCGAACGUAGCGAGCCUGUGAACAGUGUAAAGCCUAAAAAAUCCGAAACUAAUGAGAUCAAAAGCUCGAAAGUCAACAACGAAACGGCCAAAGUAUCGAACAUACAAUCGAGCAAAAAUCCAAAUGUACCCAAGAGCAAAAGAUUCAAAGACAAAAAACCCAUUCAGUCUGUCAAUAUCGAAACUGAUAAUACGACAAAAACAGACGAUAAAGCACGCUCGGAUACUCAAAAAGCUGAGGAUACAACGGAUUCCCGUACGGGAGGCGAACAAACUAGUAAAAAAUCUGGUCAAACGAGAGAGAAAGAAACGCUCGACCGAGAAAUUAAUAGAAAGAGCAAAACCGAUAAAUUAACUAAUUCGAACAAAGCUGCUACAACUGUUGUACAAAAAACGAGCAACCGUCGCGAACAACCGCAGCCCCAGGAUGAAAGAGGCAGUAGUAGCGGUCGUAAAAGCUCGAAAGAGAAUCGCCUUGAAACUACCACUUCCACUGCUACCUCGGUCAGUAAAAAAGUGUUGACAUCGAAAAAGUGUUUGCAAAUGACAAGCGGGCCGAGGAGAGUUUUAAAGGAAAAUAAGAGCAGUAAGAAAGCCGUUUGCAGAGAUUCGGAUACUAAUGUUGUCGGGGUACAAACGGUUAUUUCACUUCCAGUAGAAAAGCCACUAAAAUCAGAGAACGUCGAGGUCGACGCUCACAAGUCUGAAAAAACGUUGGAAACCGCACAAAAUAACCGUCAAAAGCAUCACCAUCACCAUCACCACCACCAUCAUCAUCACAAACACCGGAGACGCGUGGUCGUGCCUCCGAAACAACCGAUCAAAGUGAAUCCAAGCGUGACCGAAGAGUUGGAAAAAUUGAUCGAUGAGUUCGCACGAUCUUGUAACCUCGGUAGGAACAAUGCGAGUGUCGUUCAUUCCGAAUUACCGCAAAUAUUUCGAGUCAAAAAAAUGAUUAAAAAGCGGAAAGGUAGCGAUGUGAAUGCAAGCGAAGAGCAAAAGUUGAAAAGGCGCUUGAAGAAAGAAAAAUUGCCGGCAAACGGCGAUGCGAGAAGUAGUUUAAACAACAGCUCCAAUUCAAAUUCGAACGAGCAGAGAUUGCCAUUGAAGAAACGACAUUAUCACGUGUCGAGCCCUCACAGCUCGCAAAGUUCGAGCGCAAGUGGAAAUGAAAUUUGUUCGAACGAAGCGAACACCACGGACAAUCAUAUUGAGGAAGCGAUCGAAGCUACGAUCACGCGAUACAGUGAAAAUCUUGGUAACAGUAAUCAGCGGGAAAACGUUCCUGUAACACCGAAAAAACGCCAUAGAGAUACAGAAAUACCAUCCGUCGAGACGCACACGAGCGAGAGUUGCGAAUCUGCGGAUGAAAAACCAGCGAAUCGGCUCGAAAUACAGCCGAGAAGAAAGAAAAAGAUUGUCAAAGAUCUUCGAGUUACCGUUACGAAAUUGAACUCGGACAAUCACGGGAGCAACGACAAGAAUGAAAAAAGCGAUGGUCAUUUGAGAGAAAAGAGUCCGAAGUGUCAUUCCGAUAAAAGCCUCAAAGCCGAUAAAUCUGCGCCUGUCAAGUCGGACAAGACCGGCUUACCGGCUAAAUUGGAAAAAGGUACAACGGAAAGAUCCAUAAAAGUAGACAAAAUGAGUGGAGAAUCAGUGGAAAAACCGGAUGAAACCGAGGUCACGGUGGUGGAUAAUAAUCGAGAGAAAAACAGCGGAGAUUCUUGUGACUUACAAUCAACGAUUGUCAAGAUGCCUCCGUCAGAAACGAGGGAUAAAAAAGUCGAAGUUACUCCAGGCCUUUCGAGUCCUCUUAACCCUGUCGCUGCGACGAUAUCGACGAAGAAAAAAAUACGUCGUAGGAAACCGAUAAAUCGUACAGGUUUUCCGACUUUGAAGAAGAAAAAGAAGAAAAUAUUGCCCACGGAGACAGCCGAGAACAACGAGCACGACGCCGGGGAGUUGAAAUUGAUUCGACGGACCGACGUCGUCGUCGAAAAAAGUCUCGUGACGGAUAUCAAAAUCUCUAACGAAGACAAAAAUCUUUUGAUCGAGAGCGAGAUACAAGAGGUGCUGCCAAUCGUUAACGAAACAGUGAACGAACGUGCGAUCGAGAAACUUGUUGACAAAGCCGGUUACAAAGGAUUUGAUGAAUGUACCGAGUCGGUCGUUGAAGAAGUGUCGAUGAAUCAUUGCGAGAACACCGGGCACGCGCGCUCAGGUAAGCUACGAGUUCGCAAGGAUUUGGUCGAGUGCGAUGGAAGCAGACCGUGUGACAAAUUGUGCCCCGUCAAAUACGAGAAAAUACAAGAUUCCCGCAUGUACGACGAGAAUGCGACCCUCGAGGAGUCCCUCGAGCGUUACAACCAAAGUCAACGCGUAGGUGAGCUCAGCGUAGAGAAUGUGAAGAAGCUUGAUCGCGCGAGCAACGACGCUAACGUCAAACUCGAAAUCUCAGCGUGUCUAAACAACAAUCAUAAACGAAGAAGAGGCUCGAUCAGCCCUUGUAAUAUCACACUCAGGAAUAUAAAACGCUUGAGAAGCGCAGGCUACGACACUGAAAGCGAUGCGCUGCCGAGCAGCGACGUUGCCAGUGACGAAACCGAAAUCGGCAAACAAUUAGGCUCUUCGCAAAUCAAAAGAAAACAACCGAGAUGGAAAAAGCGCUAUCUCCAAGCUGGCCUUUUUUCUGAUUAUUACAAAGAAGACGAACCUCGAAAAGUAACCAGUACCGAAACUUCCGCUGGCAAAAACAAAAUGAUUUACGACAGCUCCGAACACCCACAUGGACUACUACCACCCCCUUAUCAUUGUGGCAAAUUUCUUCGACAGAGAAAAAUUCACUUUCAACUACCUUACGAUUUGUGGUGGCUACACACACAUUCGCGAUUGCCUGGAAGAGACUUGGUACCGUCUUGGAAUUAUCGAAAAAUACGAACAAAUAUUUACUUUGACGUAAAACCCACAACGCUUUAUGAGGCUCAGGCUUGCGAAUGCAAACCAGAAAGUGGCUGUGGCGACGAAUGCAUAAAUCGCAUGGUAUUCAGCGAAUGCUCGCCACAAUUUUGUCCUUGCAGUGAGAAGUGCAGAAAUCAAAAAAUCCAGAGGCACGAGUGGGCUCCGGGUUUGCAACGAUUUAUGACAGACUGCAAAGGGUGGGGCAUAAGAACUCAAGAUUCUAUAAAAAUGGGCGAUUUCAUUUUGGAAUACGUUGGAGAAGUUGUCUCGGAACGAGAAUUUAAAUCUCGAAUGGCUACAAGGUAUGCCAAUGACACGCAUCAUUAUUGUUUACACCUCGACGGAGGUUUGGUAAUCGAUGGGCAUCGCAUGGGUGGCGAUGGGCGUUUCGUUAAUCAUUCUUGUGAACCAAAUUGUGAGAUGCAGAAAUGGAGCGUUCACGGUUUGCCGCGAAUGGCUUUAUUCGCGUCAAGAAACAUCAGACCCGGCGAAGAGUUGACUUACGAUUACAACUUUGCACUUUUCAACCCUUCUGAAGGACAACAGUGUCGAUGUGGGAGCGAAGUUUGCCGAGGAGUCAUUGGUGGAAAGAGCCAGAGAGUAGCAAAAUGCUUGACAAUAACUCCAGCUCAGGUGGACUCGACAGAAAGAAGAUCGGUAGGACGCCCGCGAAAGAACAUUCGCAAAUCAAUAAUUGUGCAAUCGUCGAAUUCGAAAGGAUUGUGUAAAACUCGAAAGAUCGGUGAUUCGAUGAUUAUUCACGUACCCUCGGUAAAGCCGAUGUCCCAUCAACAACGUUGUUUCGCACAGCAGCAUCAUUGUUUCUUACUGAGGAAUUUGGAAAAAGUUCGGCGUCUGAAAGCUCCGACGAGCAACAACGUUCAAGCUCAAACUGGCAAAGGAAAGGAGAAGCUGGUACAAGCGACAAAAGAAAAGAAUCUCGUCGAUUCGAAGACUCAGUCCGACGUGUUUUACUCACAAUUGACAGCAUUGAACAACGUCACUUGUCGUACUGUUAGAACUCGCAGACUUGCGCAGGCGCAAGAUGAUCCGGAAGUUAAUAAGACUGCAAAAUUGGCCAAAGUACUGAAGGGUUUGUACAACGUAGUUGCAACUGCGAACGAUGAGAAUGGCCAAUUAUUAUGUACUCCAUUUAUAACUUUACCACCAAAACGGAAAUUGCCGGAAUACUAUGAGAAAAUAGUCGACCCUAUUGAUCUGACAAUGAUCGAACAAGCUGUCAGCACUGGCCAAUAUAAAUUGGCGGAACAAUUUGAUCAGGAUAUGAUCAAACUCUUCGACAACAAUGUCAAAUUUUUUGGUCGAACUUCCGAACUGGGUAUCGCAGCUGCUCGACUCAGGAAAUUGUAUCUCGGGAGCAAAGCUGAUUUCAUCGAUGCUAUCACGGAAGCUACUGGGUCACCACCUGCUCAAGGCUUUUUACCUCCCCAGGGCUCCACCGCCGGUGAAGAAGACGUUAUUCGAUGUAUAUGUGGGCUUCACAGGGACGAAGGUCUCAUGAUUCAAUGUGAGCGUUGUCUCGUAUGGCAACACUGUGAUUGUGUGAAAGCGGACACAAGUGCAGAAUCAUAUCUCUGUGAGAGAUGUCAGCCACGUGAGGUCGAUUUAGAAAUUCCACUCGAAGGCGAAGAAGAGGAAGAAGGCAAAAAACAGUUUGUUACUUUGCUACGAGGCGAUUUACAACUUCGACAGGGUGACACGGUUUAUGUUCUUCGCGACACACCUGAAAAGCACACGUACAAAACUAUACAAAAGCCCGACUACGAAGAGAUGGACAUUUUCCGAAUCGAACGCUUGUGGAAAAAUGAGCAGGGCGAACGUUUUGUUUUUGGUCAUCAUUAUCUACGACCCCACGAAACUUAUCACGAGCCAACAAGAAAAUUUUACGAAAACGAGGUCGUUUGUGCUCCUCUUUACGAGGCCGUACCCUGCGAUCUCGUGGCUGAACGUUGCUGGGUUCUCGAUCCAAACACCUACUGCAAAGGACGUCCGGUAGGCUCGACGCCGGAACACACGUACGUUUGUGAGUACAGAGUCGACCGGGCAGCAAGGCUUUUUACCAAAGUAGCCAGGGCUCGUCACCAAGUUUGCGUAAAACCAUACGCUUUUGAAGUCUUCCCAGAGCGCAUCAAGCACUACAGAACGUACUUGCCUCACAGCUUAGAAGGCAUAGAAUCCGCUGGUACCAGCAAAGUGUCAAAAGAUAAGAAAAAAACGACUCACCAGGAAACAGAAAAUAAUUCUCAAAAUGAAGUAACAGAAACGACUAAGUUCAAUGGCAAGGAACAAACUAAAUCAUUCAGCAACCGAACACGACAAAGAUCCUGCGACGCAAGUGUUGUCACUACUUUUGCAAUGUCUGCUGCUCAGAAGGAUGCACAACAAAAACGAUUGAACAAUAUUCUGUUGAAUCUCCUUCAAAGAAUGCCGAACAAGAAGGAUCCCCUCGAUCUUUCGUUUUUGUUGGAUCGUAACAGGCGAAACCGGAAAAGAGCAGGAAAUUCGAAUCCGUGACAGUGGAUGACGUGACGUCGGUGACAUUGCCCAUAAUGCUAGAAUAACUUAUUGAAAACGUUGAAAAAAAACAGUGAACAAAAAAGGAGAAGCGCACGAAAAUAUUCCAAGAAUCAAGACGAGCGAAACUGUAACUCCUUCAUUUGUCCUGAUAGAAGCAAAGAGAGCAACUGAAAAUGACACGUAACUGUUGUGAUACUUAUCGUCACUCAGACAGUUCGAUGUCGGAUUUGGUGAAACAAGUCCUGUGCUUGAUGAACAAACAAGAAAGAAUACGAUAUGAGAAAAAGCCUCCGAGAACAUUUCUUAUUCGCUUGAAAAGAAAAGGCAUGCGAUGUAUUUUUAUCUUUACUCUACGGCCUGAUCCCACGCGAAUAGAAAACUGGAGGUUAAAAACAAUGAAAAUUCGCGUACAGGUGAAGCUGUAACGUAAGAAUAAUAUUGAUGGAAGAGGAAAAAGAAAAUAAUGGAGAAAAAACAGCAAAGUUUUUUCGAGUGGUCAGUAUCAUUACGCUGUAUCAUAUAUAUUAAUUGUAAGUACAUUAUUUCAUGUACGUAACCGAUAUGAUAAUUAGAUUUUUCAAAACAUCCCGUCCAUUCAGCUUAUAGCUUUUACCAGAUGUUUAUAGCCGUUAAUAUUUAUCUCGGAGCGAUACGCAUCAAGUUUGUUCCGUUGUAAUACUCCAACGUAAAAAAAAAAGUAGUGGGGAAAAAACAGCGUUUCGAGAAAAACUCGAGGAAAGCGCGCAUUUAAAUAAUCGUCUCGAGAAAAUCUCGCCUUUCUUACCAAUAGCUGGAAAGAUAAUUCUGUGAAUAUAUAUCGAGGGUUUUAAGGAUGAUUCGAAGGGAUAUUUAUCUAGAAAACUUUGCUCGAAUAUGAAAAUCAAACUCAUGAAAAUUCGAUGUAUAACAAAAACAUUUUUCUCUUCUUCUCGGAUUACUGUCGAAGCAUGGCCUCCUUCAUUUCGUUAAGAAACGAAAAAUUAGAUUUGGGAAAAAAAACUUAACAUGAAUUGGGAAAGUGUACAAAAAAGUUGUAUAAAUUGACUCUUUAAUUUUUAUCAGACCAAAACGUUGUUGAGCCAGAAAGUUGAUUGUACAAAUUUAUAAAAAAAAAAAAAAAAAAAAUUGGUAAAAAAAAACCCGCAAUGUGGUUGCGAAUAGAGCUUUGUUGCACAAAAGGAAUAUUAUAUUUUUAAUAACCCAAGCCUCCCGCCCCCGGUGUUAUUGGGAUCGUAAUUGUAAAGUAGCAUACUAAAAUUAUGAUUAAUCUGCCGACAUAUUUAAAUUAUUAUUAUUUUUAUUAUUGUUUUAUGAAAACAUCCUUACAGAAACACUUUAUUCUCGACUGUAAAUACCAACAUAUAAAUCCAGGCAUAAAUAUUUAUUAAUUAACAUUAAACGCGAAAACGUGGGUAUUCAUAAUUUUUAUUUGUAAUAAUAGUAUUUACUUGAUGAUUUUUUUCGGCGGUCGCCUCAAAGAAGAAUCAUUUUUAAUAUAUAACGCAACGUUGAGAAAUUUUUUUUAUUCAUUGUCUUUGUGUUUGUUGAAUCUAAUAUUUUAAUCGAUAUGUUCCUUCUGUGGCUAUUUUAUUUUUAUUUAUAAUAUUUGGCAACAGAAAAAAAACUCCAAUAAAAACGACGUAUCUAAGUUCGGGUAUUUCUAUGCCAGGUUGAACCGUUGAUCGGCUUUUAUAUAAUAUAAAAAAAAAAAGCAAAAACGAAGAAAAAACGAAAACACGCUUGGAAUAUUGUCAGUCUCUCCCGUUUUAAGUAGUAGUCAUUCGAUGCUUAGUUGGUAUUUUCGGAAAAUUAUUAAUUUAUUACAUGUAAUACUUUGCCAUUAUAAUCUCUUUGUAUAGUAUUGAUUAACGACGUUUAUUAUUGCGAAGAUAUAACAGGAUAAAUCACACGACGAUCCAUGCACGGAAACGAACAUGAUUUUCUUGUUUUUAUUAUUUUUUCUUUUUUAAUUGUGCUUCUAUUGGCGUUAUUACACGGUGUCACAAUUUUAUAAAAAACUGUAUUGUCACCGUAUCAGAUUGAAAUGAAAUGUUUUGAUUUUGUUUUUUGAGCUUUGAGCCCUUAGACUGAGCUGUUUAAGAUUUUUUCGUCUGAUACGUCAGAAAUUGUAUUUUUUUUUUUUAUUUCCUUUUCUUUUUCCGUUAACCGCCUUCACACGAUCAAUGAAAGAUGCUAAUUUAAGUGAUUAUAUACAAACUACAAUGUAUUAAUUUCUGAUGAACAUAAACUAAUAUACGUUAAAGACUACGUCCUUGCACUAUAAA